CUCCUUAAACUAUACAAAUGUUAAAUCCCAUCAUUAACAUUAAACUUGCUUGUGUUUCCUUCUAAAUCUCUUUUAUAUUUGGACAGCAUUUUUGUUUCUUGAUUGUAUAAUCUGUCAUUGCUUCUUGCGUUGGAUUUGCCAGUAAAUUGCUGUUAUGUGUAAUUCUUGGAUUUUAUUUUAUUUUUUAUUUGGUGUAAUCUGGGAUGAACUUUUUGCAUUAUGUUGUAUUGGUACCUAAUUGUUUUCAUGAGUAAGCCUUUACAGAAUUUAUGAAAAUAUUGAACAAGAGAGACAUUUUCUGGCUUAGAAUUUAAACCUAAGGCUGGAACUUUUAAUUGAAUUCUAUUAACAAAGAGUAAAUUUACUUUUGACAUUCAUAUUGAUCGAAAUCAGAUAGGUAUGGUUCUUACCAAAUCUUGAACAGCAUAGGCAUGUUGUUAAAGGUAACAGGAUUUACAGGCAUCACUCAUUAAAUUAAUAUUCCACCUGUACUUCAAUCUCUGCUGGUCCUCCUAACAAAGAUAUAAAAUUUGGGUAGUGUGGGGAGUUACAGGGAGAAAUAAGUCUGAGAUGUACUUUUUGUCGCUUAUUAGUUGAAUUGGGCGAAUCUCUGAGAAUUUACGGAAGUGCUUCUACAUUCCGCGGGGUAAAAUUGUUCGUUAUAUUAUUAGGCAGUUAUCAGAAGUCAUAUUCUAUACGCUAAAUACUAUUAAUGGAUCUUUUGCUGUUUCUGGUCUUAUUUCCUUUUUAAUAUUUACCAACUCAUGUUAUUGAAAUAGGUGGCAUUUUUUUGUACAGAGAUUGCUUGGGAUUGUCAUGAUAGUUAAAAGCAGUAGAUUUAUUUAUCAGAUAUGACAUGAUAAAUUCUUGAAGAAUUGUUGCUGUACCAUGUGGAAUAGCCUUUUAGUGCAUUUUAAAUCUUUCUCUGACAAUUCCUUAACCCUAAAAUAUGGCACACAUGAAGACUCUUCACCAGAAGUCUUCUUUCAAUUUUAUGAGAAAUAUCAAUCGGCAACUGGAUUCUGGACUUCCAGCUGUAUUGCGAAAUUUGCUUCAGGAUAGAAGUAUCAUUAACUCAUGUCACUUGAAAGCAAGAAUUCAAUGGAAAACUGGAAAUAGGAUUAUAUUCGUAAUGAACAAAGGUUUUGUGCCAAGAUUAUUUGGAAUCGAAAGUAUGCCUGACGAAAACGUCGAAGAAUUAUCUGAUGAUGAUGAAGAGCUCUGUCCAGUUGAAUGCGUAAGAGAGUUUAAGACUGAUGAGGAAUUUCUCAGAAUUCUGGAAAAAGCCAAAGAAUCCAAUUCGUUAGUUGUUGUGGACUUUUAUCGAACUUCUUGUGGAAGCUGCAAGUACAUAGAGCAGGGCUUUGCAAAAUUAUGCAAAGGAUCGGGUGAUCAAGAUGCCCCAGUUAUAUUCUUAAAGCACAAUGUACUUGAUGAAUAUGACGAACAAACUGAUGUUGCUGAUCGGCUGCGAAUUAGGUCGGUUCCCCUUUUUCAUUUUUACAAAAAUGGAGUCCUAUUGGAAGCUUUUCCUACCAGAGAUAAAGAACGAAUACUUGAUGCCAUUCUCAAAUAUUCAGCCCUGACUUCUCAGGAAGCUUGAUUCAAUCUGGUUGUCAUAAACUCUGUCUUCUUCAGUCACAGUGUUAUAAUUGAAAUUUGUGUUCAAGAAUAUUUGUCACGUGUGGCAUCCUUCAUAUAUUAUUAAUUAACUUCUGCGGAAGGAAAAUUUUAUUGACAAGUAAUGGAAACCUCCUCCUUUGUAUUGCUAUGGUAUAUAAUAAAAAGAAAUAUAAUAUACUGUUUGGUUCA